AUGAGAAUUUUGGAUUUAACUAGAUUAAAUAGCUUGUGUUAUUUUGUUAAAUUCCACCGCGCUCUCUCUUUCCCCCUAUUGUUAAAAUUAGGGCUCCUAUUGUUAAAAUUAGGGCUGUAUACUCUUUUCUGGAGAUGUCUUCGAAAAAUUAAGAGAAAGAAUGAGUCGCAAGAACCAUCUCUGAUUACAUCACUUCCCAAGGACGUCGUCUUUGACAUCUUAGCUCGUGUUCCAAGGUGCGAGUAUCAAAUACUCUCCCUCGUUUCCAAGCAGUUCCGGUCACUUGUUGCUUCACCUGAACUAUACAUAAGACGAUCCUUAUUAGGCUUCACCGAACACUGCUUAUAUGUUUUCCUCUAUGACGACAAAUCACGUGAUCAAAGUUUGUAUAUUCUCAGCCGGAAGGCCAACGGCAAACGCCGCUUGGUCCUUAUCCAUUCGGUUCCCGCUGUGAAUCCUGAGGCGAGAUUUCUCGCUGUAGGCUCGAGCAUUUAUGUGUUUGGUGGUGGGAAAGAAUAUAAGACGAGAGAUAGCGUGUUAAGAAUUGACUGUAGAUUUCACACUGUGGAACACCUCCCCAGAAUGCCUGUGCGCAUGUCUUAUAUAGUUGCUGACGUCAUCGAUGGGACAAUCUACAUAAUAGGAAAGGACUACGACGACUGGAAGCAGAGGAAGAAGGUGAUGGUGGUGUUCAAUAUAAAAGAAAAAUUGUGGGAGCCUGCGAUGAUAAUACCAGACAUAGGUCUAGGUGAGGAUUGGAAUAAUUGUGUUGUGAUGGCUGAUAAGAUGUACACGAGGGAUUAUCGUAAAGGCUUUGUUUACAAGCCAAAGGAGGGUAAAUGGGCAAGAGAAGAUAUGCUGAGUUCUAAGAUGUGGAGUGACGCCUGUGUCCUUGAUGAUGUAUUGUACUAUUUUGAUAAGCUGGAGUUAAGAGCCUAUGAUUCAAAGCAGAGGUGUUGGGGUGUGGUUAAAGGUUUGGAAAAAUUGUUGCCUAAGACUUGUAGUUCAGAUUCCGAAAAAUUAGUUCAGAUAAGCACUGCGAUCUACGGAGGGAAACUGGCUUUGUGUUUUUCUAAAGGAAAACCGUUUUAUUCUAAAGGAGUUUGGCGGGGCAGAAUAAUGAAGAUUUUGUGUGCAGAGAUUUCGCUGGAAAGACGUCAAGGAGGAGAGAUUUUGGGUAAAGUUGAGUGGUGUCAUCAGCUUCUGAUUGCUAAGAAUGUUAUGGUGGGAAAAUUGUUAGUUGCUCUUGUCUGAUGCUAGGAACAUAGUCGAAUUUGAGAAUCCAAAACAAAGUGGUAGA